AUGACCCUGAACAACGUUACCAUGCGUCGCACCCACAACAGCAGCCUGCAGCAGCAGCAGCAGCGAUGGAGCAUCCCUGCUGAUGGAAAGAAUCUGCUGGUCCAGAAAGACUCCAACGAGUACAACCCACAGAAGCGAUACACCAUCAGUCCUGAUGAAUACUACAGAAGGAGCUGGUCCUCGGAGUCGUCUGACUCCGUCAUCUCCUCUGAGUCUGGCAGCAAUUGCUACCGGGUGGUGCUGAUCGGGGAGCAGAGCGUUGGCAAGUCCUCACUAGCCAACAUCUUUGCGGGGGUGCAUGACAGCAUCGACAGCGACUGUGAGGUGCUGGGAGAAGACACGUAUGAAAGAACCCUGAUGGUGGAUGGGGAAAGUGCAACCAUUAUACUGCUCGACAUGUGGGAUAAUAAGCGUGAGGGAGAAUGGAUUCAGGACCACUGCAUGCAAGUGGGAGACGCAUACUUGAUUGUCUACUCCAUCACCGACCGGGCGAGCUUUGAGAAGGCCUCUGAACUCAGAAUACAGCUCCGCAGGGCACGCCAGAAAGAAGACAUCCCCAUUAUUUUGGUUGGCAACAAAAGUGACCUUGUCAGAUGCCGUGAAGUUUCAGUGGCAGAGGGACGGGCCUGCGCCGUCGUGUUUGACUGCAAGUUCAUCGAGACCUCGGCAGCCGUGCAGCACAACGUGAAAGAGCUGUUUGAAGGCAUCGUGCGGCAAGUCCGGCUCCGCAGGGACAGCAAGGAAAAGAAUGAGAAGCGGCUGGCGUACCAGAAACGGAGAGAGAGCAUCCCCAAGAAAGCCAGGCGGUUUUGGGGCAAAAUAGUUGCCAAGAAUAACAAGAACAUGGCCUUCAAACUCAAGUCCAAGUCUUGCCAUGACCUAUCGGUACUUUAA